AUGGCAAAAUUAUUUAGCUCAUAUUUCCUUCUCUUCUUCUUUUUCUUAUCCUCUGCUGCAAUUAUUGCCAACGCCGAAACUGAUCAACCUCAAAAAUUAGAUGAGUAUUGGAAAAAACGAGCUGAUCAAGCCGAAAACUACACCAUGGAAUCUUACGAACCAAAUCCGGAGAAAGUCACCGACGAGUUCAAUGCUCAAGUUGGCGAGCUUAUAAUGGGGAAAAACGAGACAAGAAGGAACUUGAGGGGUCAAAAGAAAUAUGUUGGUCCAUGCACGGUAACCAACCCAAUUGACGCCUGCUGGAGGUGUGACCCUAACUGGGCCAACAACCGCAUGAAGAUCGUGGACUGUAUCCAAGGCUUCGGUCGCAAGACCACCGGGGGUAAAGGCGGCCCUAUUUAUGUCGUGACUGAUCCCUCAGAUGGCGACUUGGUAAACCCUAGACCGGGAACCCUGCGUCACGCCGUGAUUCAAAAAGGGCCUCUUUGGAUCACCUUUGCACGCAACAUGGUGAUUAGGCUGCAGCAAGAGCUGAUGGUGGCUAGUGACAAGACCAUUGAUGGUAGGGGAGCCAAUGUUAACAUAUUUGACGGUGCUUGCAUUACCAUCCAGUUUGUGAAGAAUGUGAUCAUCACCAACAUUCACAUCAAACAAAUUAAGGCCAAAGAGGGUGGAAUGAUCAGAGACUCCGUCGACCAUUUCGGUCAGAGGACCAAGAGUGAUGGUGAUGGCAUCUCCAUCUAUGGCUCCUCCAACAUUUGGAUUGACCACGUUUCCAUGGAAAAUUGCACAGAUGGGCUCAUAGACGUCAUCAUGGGUUCCACCGGUAUCACCAUCUCCAAUUCCCACUUCACUAAGCACAAUGAGGUGAUGUUGUUCGGUGCCAGCAACAGCUACACUCAAGACAAGAUGAUGCAAAUUACUGUGGCCUUCAACCACUUUGGUAAGGGUUUGGUGCAGAGGAUGCCAAGGUGCCGGCACGGAUUCUUCCACGUGGUGAACAACGACUACACCCACUGGCUCAUGUAUGCCAUUGGUGGCAGCAUGAACCCUACCAUCAUCAGCCAGGGUAACAGGUUCAUUGCUGGUUUAAACUCCGCCGCCAAAGAGGUGACGAAGAGGGAGUAUACGGCAGAAGCGGAGUGGAAGAAUUGGCUUUGGAAAUCUGAGGGAGAUUUGUUUAUGAAUGGAGCAUUCUUUGUUGAAUCUGGAAGCCCAGCCAAUUUGCGCGCAGACAAGCUUGAUAUGAUUCCCUUCAAGCCCGGCAGCUACGUCACGAAAUUGACUAAGUUUGCCGGCGCUCUUGACUGCUUUGUGGGCAAACCAUGUUAG